UUUGUAAUCUAUAGAAUGAUGGAUUCGUUCAAAAAGUUUCUUACUGAGGAUGAGGAGAACGCUGCAUUGAACAAAUUAACUAUGCAUCAGGAUAUCGACAUUUAUCUUCGGUUACCAGAUGCUCACACCGAAAAACGAAAUACGCAGAUGAAACAUAUCAUUGCUACUUAUUUUACAGAGUCUUCAAAAAAGUCAGUCAAUUUACCACCAGAAGUUAUGCAGAAUCUUGCCAAAGAGGGCGACAAGCCCAAAAACUCAACAUUACAACUUGUGCAAAAGUCGGUUCAACCGGAAAUAGAAGAACAGUUUAAAGUAUUCUGGGCUGUACAUCUUGAGUCACUAGAAGGCUUCAAAGAUGAUGAUUCCUCAGGCGAUGUCUAGAAGAGGUUCGUCAUCCAGGUCAGGUAGUGCCCAGGGUGUCGUGAGUGCAUGGAAAAAACGUCGACGUGGAAGGGGAAUUAAAUCUGAUCCUACUGCUACUUCAUCAUCAUCAUCACCACCACUGUCAUCGUCCCUGCCAUUAUUGCCUCCUGUACCCGAGAUUGUAACCUCGGAACCAGGACAGUCUCUUUUGCAACACCAGAUCAGUACACAGUCUGAAUCAGAAUCGGCAACUCCGUCCGCUUCUGACAUUAACAAAAAGAUAUCCGAGAAGGUAAAACGUAGGAGAAAACAGCAGCGUUAUAAGCAACCAGGAAGGCAGGCACCGACUAACGCUGAUAGAAUCGAGUUUAUGAAAGAAUUGAUGGCUGCUUCCAAAGGCAAAUCAAUGUCGUUAAAACUAAAACAUUUCAAGCGAUAUAUAGCCAAGCAUGGAGAGGCCGAUGGUUUUGUGCUAUUGACCAAUGAUUUGGAUUUCUGGAUUGAAGCCCAAAGGUUCAAGGAUGGACACCAUGCUUACAAUGAGCUAGCUUUCUUGAAAAAGAAAGUGGAGGUCAUUGUUGAUUGUUUCUUGGAUUCACAGGCAACAACACCAUCUGUGCAGAUUGACAUCACACCAGAACUGGCAGCCAAAACAAUCCGUCACAGUGAAAGUUACAUACGUGACCGAGGAAAAGAUCCACACAAUCCAAGUAUAUUAGAAGAACCUCAAAGCUGUGUUUUCAAAGAAAUGUUGCCGUACUGGGCCGGAUUCAACAGACAGACUGAUGCAAAGAAACUUGAGAAAGAGCCGACCAUGACGAAAUCCCAGAGGCUUACGCAACAACGUCUACAAGCUUUCCUGACCAUGGAAGAGCCCAACAGAGUAUUCAAGUUGCCUUCAGUAAAUCCUAGCAGUGGCAAAGCUGGCGCAACUGUCAUUACAUUCUCCCUCAGUGAAGGCAUACAGUUCAGAGACAUGGACAGCAGUGCAAUUGAUAGACUCAGCAUAGCAACACCAAGCCAUUCUCCUGGACUCAAUAGUCGCCGUGGUAGUAUAUUCGAUUCAUCCAAAAAACCAAUCCCACCCAGCACCAGUAGAACGUCCACGAUAACCUCUGACGAUUCAGGUUCUGUAAUCCGAUCCAGACCACCACGAAUUAGCAUUGUAGCAGCGCAGUAAAUGGCAUUCCAUUCAAAUAUAAGUGGUGUAUGUUUGAACUUCCAAAAAAAGAUGAAUCCGUCCACAAAUUAUUUCCUUGAUUUGAAGAAUGUAACGUUAAAACUACCGGUACUACAUUUUUGUGUUUGUGCACGAUGUAGUGAACUCGUUGGACAUAGCAAUUAACUGGGAGAGACUGAGUAACAUAAGCUAGAAAUCUGAAACUACUAUACACGGAAUUGAUGCAACACAUACCACUGUACUUGCAUGUUC